UAGACUAGACUAGACUAGACUAUAGGCGGGGGAGCCAAGCCAGGCUGUUGCGUUCUUUUCCUGGCCCUCAGGCGAGGAAGGCACCUGAAGGAGCGGCGGCGCCCAGAGGGGUGGGAGAUAUGGAAAAAUGACUGUUUACAAGGUAAUGAUUGGAAUAUCCCUCCAUCAUGCCAUCAGGAAAAGUUAAAGCAAGCACUUCUCUGCUGAUUCCAUGUGACUGCUGCUUACCAACAAAUUAGCUUGCAUGAUAGUCUUUCACAUGUUUGGAAGAGGAUUUUUUUGUGGCCACUUACAUCCUAUUGUGGGGACACAGGGUCUAGCACACCAAAUUUCUCUUUGCUAAGGGAAAUGAAGUCAUUCAGGGGGGCUUUCAAGAGGAAGAGCUAAUAAAUUGCUCUGAAGUUGAUACAAGCUUCUCUGGGAAAAAGAGCAGGGCCUGGAAAGCCUGUGAUAGAGAGCAGCUGUUUCCAGAUACUUGCAUUAAAUCUCAGACGUGCUUUCCUGCCAGCUACUUCAGUGCAGAAGAUUAACAGACAUGUCCAUAGCACUCAAGCAAGUCUUCAAUAAAGAUAAGACUUUCCGCCCAAAACGUAAGUUUGAACCUGGAACCCAGAGGUUUGAACUUCACAAACGAGCGCAAGCAUCUCUCAACUCAGGUGUGGACUUGAAAGCAGCUGUGCAGUUGCCCAGUGGAGAAGACCAGAAUGACUGGGUGGCUGUUCAUGUUGUCGACUUCUUCAAUAGGAUCAACCUCAUUUAUGGGACUAUCUGUGAGUUCUGCACGGAGAGGAGUUGCCCAGUGAUGUCUGGAGGCCCCAAGUACGAGUAUCGGUGGCAGGAUGACUUGAAGUACAAGAAGCCCACAGCACUGCCUGCACCCCAAUAUAUGAAUCUUCUCAUGGACUGGAUUGAGGUGCAAAUCAACAAUGAGGAUAUAUUUCCCACAAGUGUAGGUGUUCCCUUUCCAAAGAACUUUCUCCAGAUCUGCAAGAAGAUACUCUGUAGGCUUUUUCGGGUGUUCGUUCAUGUCUACAUCCAUCACUUUGACCGUAUCAUCCUUAUGGGGGCUGAGGCCCACGUCAACACCUGCUACAAGCAUUUUUAUUAUUUUGUGACAGAGCUCAACCUCAUAGACCGCAAAGAACUAGAGCCUUUGAAAGAGAUGACAACCAGGAUGUGUCACUAAAAACUACUCACUGAACAAAAGCAAAGUCUAAUUUCCUUCUUACUGCAGAGUUUAAGAAUAUGACAGCCCUCAUGGACUGAGCCUGCUUGUUAAUCCCUGAAAGCAGGAAAGUUGGGAGCCACAGUUACUGUCACAAAUGCUUCUCUCCAGUGUCAAUGUUGUUAACCCUAAA